GACCGUGGUGUUUUGUAUGGUUGAGCCUUAAGGCUAUUUCCAGGAACAUCCUUUUAUAAGCCAAAGUGAAAGGGGUGACUGCUUUGGUUUAGAGGGCGCUUUUGCAGUUGCGUCUGCCAUUUCCCGUUUCUUGACGCCUCAUUAAAGUGCAUAAUUUAUUAAUAAUUAAAUUAAGCUCUCAAUGAAACUCCGUUUCUGUUUACAGGCCCUGAAGCAGAAGCAGCAGCAGCAGCUGGUGGGGAUCCCACAACAAUUGAGGUUGAUGACGAGGUGAACGAACUGAAGAACUGUGCAUCAACCCGACCAGCUAUCGCUUAAACAAUUAGAAGAGAGAGAAUCUAAUUAAAAAGUCAAGCACAGAAGUUGCGGGUGAACAGACGAGGAGGAGCACAAGAUGCCUUCCCUGCGUCAAAAGGUCACCACAUAUUUUCGUCAAUUAAGUUUUAUAGCGGAGCCUCGCGAUGGUCGCCGACGUGGUGGUGGUGCUGGGGAUCAAAGUCAUUCCGUAGAUGACGAUGGCAAUUUCAUAAUUAAAUAUUUAGAAGGGCGUAUGCAGCGACAGUUUGUAGAUGGACCCGAGAUCUACAAUGGUCAAAAUCCCACUGACAUGCCUGUCCUAAAGCUAGACGGCUAUCCCGCCGGUUCAUGCUCUAUUAUAGCCGCCUGCACUGGACCCGAUGAAGGUCUAACUGGGAUUAAGCGUUCUAAAUUGCAUUUGAGUGCCAGCUAUGCGGAUGACAUCGAUUUCAUAGACACUCAACAGGAGAAUGACGACUGCUAUGGAGUACGCAAAAGCACACCAGUUAAUUCGGCCCAGAAUUCUACAAGGCUGAGUAAUAAAUUCGCUCGUCCUCAAACUGGAGCUGGUGGCGUCGGCAGUGGUGGUGCUGCUUCACGAAGGCAGAGCAAUUCUGAUGCAUCAAGCACCCAGGCUGCAGGUAACGCCAUGCCGGGCAUGCGAUCUCGUAAGAACUCCAAAAGCAGCAUAGCCAAUCUGGCGGCAGCCACAGAGCAAACUAGCAAACCGCCGACCACCAUUGUGGUUAGCAUGGUGAGCUCAAGCAGUUCUAGCCGCACCCAAGAUCAGAAUAAUAGAAACCUGAUAAAUGCCAAGACUGAAGCCACAACGGAUUCACAUCCCAAUGCGGAACGGGAACGCCUUCUCCGGGAGGCGGUGAGCAAUCAAGGCAGUGCGUCUCUAACUCAAUCCCAGCCGCAGUCAUCUCCCACGGUGGCUGGUGUACACAAUUGGCAAAUGGAUGCCGACUUUGCCUUUGGCAUCUCCGUCUCUCUAUACGAAAAUAAUAUGCUGACCAAGGAACCCAUCGGAAGUCCCAUUGCCGAUUGCUUUGGGCUGGUUGUUCGAGGCGAUUCCGCGGUCAUGGCCAUGGCAGAUGGCGUCAAUUGGGGGGAUGGAGCUAGACUGGCUGCCCGUUCCGCUGUACAUGGAUGCCUUGAUUAUUUGGAUCGGGCCUUGUUUGGCGAGUCUCUGGAAUGCCGUGCCACCACAACGCAGGAGGUGUUUGUCAGUCUACUUCGCAGUCUUUGGGAAGGACACGGUUGCAUCUUGGAAGUAGGAGGCGCCCUGUCCACUUUAACCAUUGCUGUGGUUCUUCCGCUGGACGGAGCAAAGGGCAAGUAUGUAGUCUGCUCCUGCAAUGUGGGUGACUCUCUGGGCUAUGUGUACUCCAAGAAGCAUGGUGUGCGCGAACUGACCCAAGCCUCCCAUGAUAUUAGUUCGAUGAGGGAUAUGCGCGAUGCCCUCGGAGCUCUCGGUCCCGCCGACGGCAACAAGCCGGAACUAAGCAAUCUCACUUUCUCGAUGAGCUGCAUAGAUAGUGGCGACAUUGUGUUUCUCACUUCGGACGGCAUCAGUGACAAUUUUGAUCCCGUGGUGGGUAAAUUCGCCGAGGCAUGGACGCCCGAUGUCAAAAUGCAAACGACAAAUGCCAAAAUCAAUUUGGCUCCAAAGCGCCAAAACAAAAGUGCAUCGGCCAUCUAUGCACGAUUGCAGCACCCAUCGACGCCGCCAACGCGUCCGGCUCGUGAAACAAAAGCCGGAAGUCCUCCAAACACGGCACCCAGUCGUCCUAAAUAUAUGCGCUCUCAGACUCUAAUAGAGCCGCGGCAGGGCUUAGGCUCCGCUCUGCCACCACCUGUGAUGCACAAGCAGCGCAUUCCAAAGUCUGCCUCGGGAUUGCCGCUGGUGACUGGACCCCAGAGGCACGCGUUGACUCUUUAUAGAUUGGAGGAUCUGCUCAGCUAUGGCAUCAAUGGCACCUUUUCACCAUGUGUUUCCGCUCGCAGACUUUGCCAUCUCCUUAUCGAUUUUGUCCGUAUGAUAACCUCCGCCAGACGCAAGACCCUUGAACAGCGGGAGCUCUUCUACAAACUGGCCACUGGUCCGGAUGGCGUUAAGAAAGAAGUGCAGUUAAAUCGCAUGCAACAUAGAGCAGCUCGCAAGCGGAUUGUAGAUAGCAGCGCCUUUACUGCCUUGCCCGGCAAGUUGGAUCACGCCACAGUAUUGGCCUAUACGGUAGGAGGAGGAUGUGACCCAUCACCUGCGACUGAAUCUGAAUCUGACUCUGCCGCUCUUUCACCUGUGCUACAAUCCAAGGAGUUCAAAGAGACCAAUUUCUAGAUUACAGAGAAAAAAAGAGUCGUAUAAGGAAUCUGCAAAUGCAACAUAAAAUCCAAAGACUACGAAAUUGAAAAUCCUUCACCAUUUCUAUCUAAAGAAAAAUAUUUCAUCACAUACAUUAAUACAUCUACCUAAUUAUAUAUACAUAUACAUAUAUAUAUUUAUAUAUUCCCACUUAUAUUCUACUUACUAUUUUUGGAUUAGCUUUCUUUAAGUUAAUUGUUGAUUUAAUAAUUCAUAUUUUUUGUUUUCGCUUUUGUCAGCCAUAGUUUUAUAGCCAUUUAUUUUAUAUAAAAUGCAAAAAGACGCAAAUGCCUCAAAUGUUUUAAACACUACCAAAAAAAAAAAAAGAUUAAAUGAAAGCAAAUGUAAUUAAUAUUUUUACACCUAUAUGUAAAAAAAAACGAAGAUAAAUGUAACUUUAUUUUAGAUGAUUAGUCUUUGACUUUCAGGUAGGCAACUUUGUGUAAUCGUCUUACCACACGCACAGCUUGAAUUGCUACUAGGUAAAGGUGGGCUGUGACUAAAGAGGGCCUAAGCAAUUUAUCAAUUUCCAAAUAAACGCAAACUCAAAAAACUUGUGCUUUUACAAGCACUAUA